GGGGGGCUGCGCCGGUGGGGCAGGAGGGGCCGAAGGGAAGAGCAGCAGCCGGGCCUCCUGCGACCCUCCCCCGGUUGCAAAGGCUGCAGCAGCUCCGAGCGCCACGAGGGCCGGAGAGGGGAAGGCGAGGCGGCCAGUCAAGUGACGAAAGGCAUCUCUAUCCAGUCGGAGGUGACCCAAGAGAAGGGGAGGGAGAUGGAAGAGCAGGACCCAGAAGGAGCUGCAGCUGGCAAGACAGCAAGCAAAGGCCCCCCUCCCACCCAAGCUGGGAGUGGUGGUGAAGGCUGGGAAAGCCCCGUGCCAGAGACACCUUCUCAGGUCAUGGAGAUCUCAGAGGUGCAUGGCCAACACUUCCGGCAGUUCCAGUACCGUGAGGCUGGUGGGCCCCGAGAGGUUUGCAGCCGGCUCCAUCGACUCUGCAGCCACUGGCUGAAGCCAGAGAGGAACUCCAAGAAGCAGAUGGUGGACCUGGUGAUCCUGGAGAGGUUCCUAGCCCUCCUGCCCCAGGAAAUGCAGCGCUGGGUGAGGGAAUGUGGGCCGGAGACCAGUUCCCAGGCGGUGGCCUUGGCCGAAGGUUUCCUCCUGAGUCAGGCCGAGGAGAAGAGGCAGGCAGAGCAGAUGUGGGGACCAUCCAUGGAGAGAGAAGCUCCAUUCCCUGAGGCAGAACGAGGUUCCUUGGAGGAAGGGCAGAGGGCGCAGGCUCAGGAGGGUGCCCAAGACGCCCUCUCUUUUGGCAGUGGAGAGAUGCUGCUGAGCCACCAUCUUUUUGGAGGUGUGGAAACAGCUGCUUCAGUCCAGGUAGGGGAAAUGAGCAGGGAACAGCCUGGGUUCCCUCCUACUUUCUCAGGGGGUCUUUUACUCCUGCAGUUUCUACAGUGGUCCAGGUGA